GGUGCAGGACGUCAAUAAUGUUGUUGUUGGUGGUGGGCGCGCGGGAGGGAGGCGCACUGUAAAUAUGGAGGCGGACAAACGCUAACAGCUCAUCGACUUUUCUCUGGUCUCAGACACGCGCCGCUUCACUCGGAUCAUUUAUGGCGAAUCUGGAGAAAACACCGACACUUUGACGGAAACACAGCGACCUCCGCGCGGACACGCUCCCGGGAAGAGGCGCUCACAUCCCGGAGAAGGAGCGUGACUCACCUGUCUCUCUGCACCUCCGCUGCCCAUCAUGGAGGACUCACGCUAACUGUGGAAGAGACCAGGCAGGAGCAGGAGCAGCAGCCAGCCUCAUGAGCUCACCGCACACCUCGGUGGAGGUGAAGAGCGGCCUCCCGUCCAGCAUGCACAGUCUGGUGGGAGCAGCCGGGGAGCAGAGAGGAGCGCCUGGAGACACUGGUGGGGGUCAGGGAGAGGGGCCUGCAGGAGCAGGAGGCCCAGUGGACCUGCGCACAGAGCCCAGGCCGAGCUCCCUGUCAGGGAGUAACACGGCUGUGGACACAGCCCUGAGAGAACAGCAGCUCCAGCAGGAACUGGUCCUCCUGAAACAGCAGCAGGAGCUCCAGAAACAGCUGCUGUUCGCCGAGUUUCAGAAGAAACACGAGGUUCUGACCAGACAACAUGAAGUGCAGCUACAAGAGCACCUCAAGCAACAGCAGGAGCUGCUGGCAGCCAAACGUCAACAGGAGCUGGAGCAGAAGAGGAAGCUGGAGCAGCAGAGGCACGAGGAGCAGGAGAAACAGAGGCUGGAGCAGCAGCUCCUCCUGCUCAGGAACAAGGAGAAGGGCAAAGAGAGUAGGCCUCCUCCUGCCUUUAGCUCAUACAGGCCUGUGUCACACCGUCCACCCCAGCCUACACGUCUCUCCUCUGGUCUUCUAGGUGCUAUUGCCAGCACAGAGGUCAAGCUGAAGCUGCAGGAGUUCCUCCUCAAUAAGAAAGAGCCUGGACCUGGUGGACUCAACCAUUCCUUUUCCCCUAAAUGCUGGGGAGGCCAGCACCCUUCACUGGAGCAGAGCUCACCUCCACAGAGCAACACCCCAGGAACUCCCCCGUCCUACAAACUUCCCCCUUUGCUCGGCAACUACGAGGGCAAAGACGACUUCCCACUCCGCAAGACAGUGUCCGAGCCAAACCUCAAAGUGCGCUCCCGGUUAAAGCAGAAAGUCGCUGAACGCCGGAGCUCUCCUCUACUGCGCAGGAAAGAUGGAACAGUCAUCAGCACAUUCAAGAAAAGAGCCAUAGAAAUAUCUGUGUCGUCUCUGUGUAACAGCGCUCCUGGUUCAGGUCCCAGCAGUCCCAACAGCUCCAACUCAGCCAUCGCCAACGGCAACACGGGAUCUGUCCCAAACAUUCAGACUGAGCUGAGAUCUCUGCACCAGACGCUGGGGGCUGAUGGGACAUUGAGUCCUUUGAGUCUGUACACAUCCCCCUCGUUGCCCAAUAUUUCCCUGGGACUCCCUGCCAACACACAUAUCACGGCGUCACAAAAAUUGACGGCACAACAGGAAGCAGAGCGUCAAGCCAUCCAAUCACUACGAGGGGGCGGGGCUCUCACAGGGAAGUUUCUUUCCACGUCCUCACUACCUGGAGGUAUUGGCCAUGAUGUAGAGACUCCGCCCCCAAGCUCCCAUUCGACCCAUUCCUCUUUGUUGCAACACGUGUUACUGCUGGAACAGGCCCGGCAGCAGAACGCCAUGCUCGCUGUCCCCAUGUACAACCAGUCACCGUUGGUUACAGCUGAGCGAGGUGUUUCCAGCAGCAUGCGUCCUGUCAACAAACUGCCCCGGCACCGCCCCCUGUCCCGCACCCAGAGCGCGCCCCUGCCCCAGUCCCCCCAGGCCCUGCAGCAGCUCGUGGUCCAACAGCAACACCAGCACUUCCUGGAGAAACACUACAAGAUGUUGUCCAAGGGGACGGAGCUUCCCAGGCCUCCACCCACACAUCCCGAAGAGACGGAGGAGGAACUAACAGAGACCAAUGACAUGCAAGAGGACGACGCCGAGCCCAGGCAUUAUAGGCUACAGAAGGACGGGUCUGACGAGAGCAUACCCUCCUCAGAGCGGCUGGGCGUGCACGUGAAGGGCGAGGAGGAGCGAGGGAGUGUGCACGUGAAAGGAGAGAGCACGGAGAGCGAGCUGGACGAGGAGGAAGAGGACGAUGACGUCAUCCAGCUGAGGGAGGGCGAUGAAGAUGAGAGAGGCUACAAUCAGGCCUUGCAGCAGGUCGGAGUGUUCCAGUCAGCGCUGCCCCACAGAACUCUGGGCAGAACACAGUCAUCUCCCGCCACAGCGACUGUCAAUCCCAUCAAGCACCUCUUCACCACCGGACUUGUUUACGACAGUCUGAUGCUAAAGCACCAGUGCAUCUGUGGGAACGCUCACAUCCACCCGGAGCACGCGGGACGAGUGCAGAGCAUCUGGUCCAGACUGCAGGAGACGGGCCUGCUGAGCCGCUGUGAGAGGAUCCGUGGGAGGAAAGCGUCUCUGGACGAGAUCCAGACGGUCCAUUCAGAGUUCCACACUUUGCUCUACGGCACCAGCCCGCUCAACCGCCACAAACUGGACCACAAGAAGCUGCUAGGUCCAAUCAGCCAGAAGAUGUACGCUGUUCUGCCCUGCGGUGGGAUCGGGGUGGACAGUGACACAGUGUGGAAUGAGAUGCACUCUUCAGCCGCCGUGCGCAUGGCGGUGGGCUCUGUCAUUGAGCUGGCCUUUCGAGUGGCAGCGGGGGAGCUCAAGAAUGGCUUUGCAGUUGUGCGACCUCCAGGGCACCACGCAGAGGAGUCCACUGCCAUGGGCUUCUGCUUCUUUAACUCCGUCGCCAUCACCGCCAAGUUACUGCGACAGAAACUGGGAGUGGGCAAAGUGCUCAUAGUCGACUGGGACAUUCACCAUGGCAACGGGACCCAGCAGGCCUUCUACAGCGACCCCAACGUCCUCUACAUCUCCCUGCACCGAUACGACGACGGGAACUUCUUCCCUGGCAGCGGCGCCCCCGAGGAGGUGGGGUCUGGUGCAGGCGUGGGCUUUAAUGUGAACAUCGCGUGGACUGGAGGAGUGGAUCCUCCCAUGGGGGAUGUGGAGUAUCUCACUGCUUUCAGGAGUGUGGUGAUGCCCAUCGCUCAGCAGUUCAGCCCUGACGUGGUGCUCGUGUCCGCGGGCUUCGACGCCGUGGAGGGGCAUCAGUCUCCUCUGGGGGGGUACAAGGUCUCGGCUAAAUGUUUCGGUCAGCUGACGCAGCUCCUGAUGGGUCUGGCCGGUGGGCGGGUUGUCAUGGCGCUGGAGGGUGGUCAUGACCUCACUGCCAUCUGCGACGCCUCGGAGGCCUGUGUGUCGGCGCUGCUGGGAGAGCCGUGCGAGUCGUUCCAGUGGCCUCAGGAGCAGCCCUGUCCAAAGGCGUGUUCUUCACUCGAGGCCGUCAUAGACAUCCAGAGUAAACACUGGCCCUGUCUGCACAGCCUGUCCCCGUCCACAGGACACAUGCUGCUGGACAGUCCCCAGGGACAGUCAGAGAGGGACGAGGCCGAGACCGUCAGUGCCAUGGCCUCUCUCAGUGUGGACGUGGAGUCCAGCUCUGCGGCCGACAGCGCCACCACCAGGUCCACAGAGGAGCCCAUGGAGCAGGAGCCCGUCUUGUAGGAGGACUCUCACAGAGAAGCACAUGUAAACUCUACGUCGCCUCCUUGUGGCGCGUCCUGUUCUUUCCCCUGCCUUCACCGGUGUGUCGUCGUCACACCUGCAACAGGGACGACUUUUAUUCUGAGGCGCAGGAUCGGGGCUUGUGUCGCCUUCGGCACAAACUCGCGGCGAUCUUGUUCUGGUUGGAGGAGGAGCGGACGACUUGUUGGCAUCUCCGUGGCAACCAGAGGGAGAACAGUCGUUACAGCACUGAGCUUUGACCUCGUCCCCGUUUUGUCCUGUCCACAGAGGACUUUUACACAGGCGGCGCGCGGACGACUUGUCCACUGACCUGUUGCUUUGAGACAAAAAGGAAAAAAAACUCUGAUAUGAUCAGAGGGGGAUGAGGAACUAGGUGCCUUUUUGUCCACACAAAUAAACGGUUGAAUUUGAAAACCACAUAAAACCACCACCGGAACACCUCAGCAAAAAACUCAACAAAACAAAAACAAAGAUACAAUCAGCCCACAUAGGCCUGAGUCACACCACCGUCAGUGUCACCUCAUCUUCUCCAUGUCGAUGCCUUAAGUUGUUGUUCAUUUAGUGACCACAAGAGGGAGGUGUCAUGUGCUGUUUAGAUUUGAGUAACAGUGAAGCCAUCAUACCUCACCACAGAGCGCCAUGGAACAUCUCCACCGAAUAUUGUUUUAUGUAAAUACAAAUGUACAUAGUAAUAGCCCAGAAUAUUUACAAAUUACACAGGACCUUUGAAAAGGUCGUCUUAAAUAUGUAUAAAUAUUUAUUAACAUUGGGUCCUGGAGUCUGCACAGUGAAUGUUACACAGAACAAAACAUUUUGAAACUGAAAGGACAAAAAAAACUGUAACAUCAUAAGAAUAAAUAGGAAACUCUCCAGCUGGUAGUUAAAGCUCAUAUCAGUGCAUGAAUGUUUUACUAUAACUUUUGUAUGUGGGGCCUUGGGCGGCAGGUCAGUGGAAAUGUGGCUCAUACAGACAAAAUAUGAAUGAGUUUCCACAGAUCCACGUGCAGCAGUGUGACUGUUGUGUGACUGUUGUGUGACUGUUGUGUGACUGUUGUGUGACUGUUGUGCGACUGUUGUGCGACUGUUGUGUGACUGUUGUGCCACAGUCGUCUGACACACACCUGUUGUACAUUUCUUUAAAAUCCUGGGGUUAUUGCAGACGACCACAGCCCUGAUAAAUGCUAAGUGCUAAUUUGCUAAUUCUAAUAUUCCUGGAGCGUCGAUGGCGUCUCUGCUGGUGAAGGUGCCUCAGGAUCCAGUGCUCAUCAUGUGACUACAGUCCCGCCCCCUUCUUUCCAUUGGACAGGGAACACUCCUUUUCCUCGAAUAUUCCUGUUGGAUGUAAAUACUGCGUCUCGUCCGGUCAGACUUUACUGUGGCAGACUGACGGUGGGUCAGACUGGUACGUGUGGAGGGCGUCACAUAGGGCUCACACCACCCGCCUGUCUGUUUACACGUGUCCACUACAGCUGGAGCUGAUGGAGGAGCUGAUGGAGGAGCUGAUGGAGGAGCUGAUGGAGGAGCUGAUGGAGGAGCUGAUGGAGGAGCUGAUGGAGGAGCUGAUGGAGGAGCUGAUGGAGGAGCAGGGGUCCAGCUCCUUUGGCACGCUGCCCCCCACAGACCAACACCAGCAACUACACAUGAGCUUAAAGGGACAGGUCAGUAUGCUGUUACUGGGGUUCUGUGAGGAAAAACACGUGUUUAAAUACAUUUGUGUGAAACUUUAUACCACCUUCAUUGAAAUAGGAUUUACAACACUGCAAACCUAUUACCAAGCAAUAAAUGUGCUUUACAAAUGUAAUAAGAGACAGUCUGUACUUCACCAAAUGUAUAUAUUUAUAAAUGGAGUUCUCAUUUAAACAAAUGACAUUUUUGCUCAUCACUUGGACAAUGUGAACGUACAGAUUUAAAACAUUCUGAAGUAAAGUCGUGUCAGAUUCUCACACACACACACACACAGUGUGUGUACGUAGCACAGUUAGACAAAGUCUUCAUCCUCACUACAUUUACAUCAUGUUCAGUUAAGUGCCUGCUUUAUUUUUGAGCUGCCAUGUUUGUUACCUAAGUGAUGAUAAAUAUCUCAUAGAACCCCCUGUACCAAAUACUGAGCUCCUGUAAAGGUCAAGGGUCAGGGCCAGGCCCCGCCCUCUGGUGACUCAUUGGACACAGGCUUUUCUCACGUCCAUCAGCCGCUCGUCCGCUCAGACUGUGGAGCUUCUGUUAUCGCUUCAGCAACCCCCCGUUUGAACAAAAAGUGUCAAAAUGGUCCUUUUCUAAAAGCAGGUGCGACGCCCCGUCUGAGUGUCAGGUUCACCACAGAGAAGAACUAAACGUGUGAACUUUAUGCACUUAUGAUUAACUCCACAUCAGCUUCAGCAAUAACACCACAGAAGAGACGAAAUGACAGAGUUUACUGCAUCGUUAUAGCCAUCCAAUAUUUUUGCACUUUUCUAAAGCCAUAUUUGUUACUUCUUUGUUGCUUUUAAGGAUUUAAUCCAGAUAAUAAAGUUUAUAUGGCCACUACAAAAGUCCAGAAGAGCCUUAAGCUGCAACUUAAGCAAAGUGUUUGAGGAAUCAGUCAUUUAUGUUUUGUUCAUUUCCACUAAAACGAGAUCAAUGAGAAAAGCUUCAGUCUGGAGGUUUACGCACACGGUUCUGUUUCCACCCUUCACUGAGCACAUGUUUGUUUUGGGAGUCUAAUAAACACAUUUAUGUGGGUGACGUGGUGAAUGACCUGAUACUCUAAUGGGGCGGAGCAUCUGCCGCUCUAAGCACCACAAAUAUCACGUAGAACAUUCCUGGGCAGAGGUUAAGUUGAUGCUCACUGUAGAAAGCUUUAAGGCUGCGGAAGACUGUUCUGGAUGUCCACUUUACAGAACAAAACCGGUUUAAAAUUCAGGAGGAAUGUGUCCAACCAUCGACUGCACAGACACUGUCCAUGGUCCAACUCAAAUAGGGACUUAUUCAAUUGUUUAUUAUUUGGUUCAUGAAUGUCUUUGCUACACCACUAUGUCUCUCAUCUCCAGACCGUUGACAUCGCGGAGCUAUCGAGUUCACUAUUUUGUCUAUUUACAGAAAUGUAACUUUGGAAAGACUGCUAUAACUUCAAGAGACUAACAGAUGUAAUUUGUGUCUUACGAGUGGAAAGUCACUACGCAGUGAAUAAUUGAGCCUCAUUUUCAGAAACUUAAGUGGUGUAUUUGUACUAUUGUUAAACUAAGUCCAUUUGUCCUUUGGUAGUCGGUAAAUACAAGGCGUCAACUGGGGCUGCUCAGGUUUUUCAUGUGUAUUUAUGUUUAACAAUAGACCACAGACGUUUAUCCAGGACUUUAGUUUAAAAUAUCAAACAGAAUGUAGGUUUUCCAAGUGUUAAAGGAACUGUUUUGAUUUUAAAUGACAUAAACAAGACCUCACUGUGUCCCCAGAUACGACGCUAAUUUGAUGUUUAAAUCAAAUUUGCUUUUACUGAUAACAAUUGCAGUGCUAAUUUAUAUUUUAUUAUAAAAACUUUUGACAUAAUGGCAAAGUUGUGCAUGUUAUAAUUUAGUCUUUUGGCUCCUCAGACGAUUAUCCAAUCAAAACGCAGAAUGAGCCUCACGUGGGUCUCAUUUGCCAGUUUUAAAGCUCAAAUCCAACUGUUUUGAACCUAAAAGUGCAGGUUACAUACAGUUUCUUUAACAAAUAUUACAGUUACUUAAGAAAAAUAACAUGGCAAGUUUAUCGUAUCAAUAAUUUAAUUCGGUUUUUAUCACCUCAAACACUAAAAUUGCAGAUUUAACCAGUUCAACGAUGCUGUUUUUAUACACGUCUGAUCAUCGUCUAUUGCUAAACAUUUGAGGUGUUUAAAAUGACGUCCUCAGUUAACGCCUUGCUGUUUUAUUCACUUCCAGCCACACACUACGACAAAGCGCACACUACUUUUCUCUCACCAUUUGGGCUCUUUUGCUACAUGAGCAAAUACUGUAUAUUUCUUGAUAUGUUUGAUACUGUGGUGUAACUGUAGUGUCCUGCUCUAAUCCGGGGGCUGUAUUUGGGGGUGGGACAUACCUCCUCCUUUUGUUUCUGAGGGGGGCCCUUUCUGUGUCGUCUAUAGUUUGUGGCUAAAACCUGGCGCCAAUCACAAGCACAUUCCUGACUAUUUCUUCUGUCCGUGCCGUGUUUUCUUUCUUUUUUUUUCUUGUUUUUAAUCUGGAGGCUUUCCUGUUGCAACAAUUCGACAUGUGUGUAGUUCACAUGUAAAUAGAAAGUGCAUCAUUGUGUUCACAUGUGCAAUACACUAUCAGAGCAAUCUUAUUACUGUGACUAUUACUGGCAAUGAAGCCCCGCCCCUUUUCUCUGUCUUUUCUGUUGAAGUCAGGAGUCAAAGGGAAGCUGAUUGUUCACUCAUUACAGGGUUUUGUGGACAUUAAAGAAACCCUUUUUAUUACUCACUGUAUUGUUGUGACGUUGAUCCUCAGUAUCAGUUUCUUUUUUUAAGUGGGCCUGUUGUUAAAUUUGUCUGAAAACUCAAUAAAGCAAUUCACUGACGAGA